AGAGUCACAUCUUGUGACUAGAGUUGAAGUUAGACUUCAGAAAGAAAAAAUGCAGAUUCACACUGGAGAAUGGACUUUGGGAUGCCAUGUCAGACCUUCCCACCCCCCUUCCAUUGCCCUUUAGUCCCCCCACCCACAGAUUCCCAGGAGGCUGGGUCAUUCUGGACCUUGAAACUUCCUGCUCCUGGGAGCCACAGCUCAGAGACUAUGGAGCUGUGGAGGCAGCUGAGGCAGGCUGGACUGCUGCCCCCAGGGCUGGGCUCACCCCCCAGGGCCUUGAGGGAUGUCUCCCCAUCAGGGAGAGCUGACCAGACCCUCGUGUUUCCAGAGGCACACACUGAAGGCACUAGGGAGAGUCUGCUGUGGAUCUGGGAGGAGCUGGGGAACCUCCGCAGAGUGGAUGUCCAGCUGCUGGGCCAGCUGUGUAGCCUGGGACUGGAGAUGGGGGUGCUUCAGGAGGAGCUGGCUGCCUUCCUGGAAGAGGAAGAUGAGGAGACCCUCAAGGAAGAAGAGGAGGAUGAAGAGCCUGAGGGGAAGCAAGAGGAAGGAUGUCUGGGGGUCCCCUGUCCAGUCCCAGGCCACCGUCUUCCUGAUUUUGAGAUGACUAUCUGAGGCCAGCGUGUUUCCCAUAGGCAUAUGGAAUUCUAUGCAAAUUUAUGCAGAAGAGGGGUGAUUCGCUGGUCAGAUCAACCUGCAAAUGUUGAUUUGGAGUCAACACAUGCUCCUGAGCAAGUGCUUUCCCUGAAGAUGUGCAGUGAGAUUCAGGGAUUGGGCUGUGAGCUGUGGGCAUGUUGAGGAUGAGGUGGGAAGCUUGCAGGGUGACUAGGUGUAUUUGCAGGUGAGCUGCAGGAGUAUUGCAGGGGCGAUGAGGGUCUUUGCAAGUUGAAGGGAAAUGCUUGCAGGUGAGGUUUUAGAUCAAGGCUGUCCACUGGCCUCACGUGGCUGUUGAGCAUUUAAAAUCUGCUGGCCCUAACUGAGGGGCAUGCCAAGUGGAACACAUGCUAGAUGAUGGCCUUUCAAAGGCUUAAUAUAAGAAUAUGGAACAUUUCAAUGAUCUUAAAAAUUAAUUACAUAUUGAAAUAUUUGGAGUAUAUUGUGAUAAAAUAUUACUAAACUAAUUUUACUUGUUUAAGAUUUCUUCAUGGUAAAAUAUACAUUAAAAUGAACCA